CUGAGAUCUGCAGGCCCAGGAGCUGCUGUCCUUCCACCAUGUGGCUCUUCACUCUGGUCCUGGUCUCCCUGGCCACUUCCACAGCUUGGGCAGGGCUCCCAACUUCACCGCCUGUUGUGGACACCGUGCAGGGCAAGGUCCUGGGGAAGUACGUCAGCUUAGAAGGAUUUGCACAGCCCGUGGCCGUCUUCCUGGGCAUCCCUUUUGCCAAGCCCCCUCUUGGACCCCUGAGGUUUGCUCCGCCACAGCCUGCAGAACCAUGGCACGUCGUGAAGAACACCACCUCCUACCCUCCUAUGUGCUCCCAAGUCACAGAGCCUGUGCAGAUGGUCUUAGACAUGGAUACCAACAAAAAGGAUGGCAUACAUCUCCAGAUUUCUGAAGACUGUCUUUACCUAAACAUUUACACUCCCGCUGACUUGACGAAGAAAAGCAGGUUACCGGUGAUGGUGUGGAUCCAUGGAGGUGCUCUGUUGAUAGGGGAAGCAUCAACCUAUGAUGGGCUGCUCCUCUCUGCCCAUGAAAACGUGGUGGUGGUGACCAUUCAGUACCGCCUGGGCAUCUGGGGAUUCUUCAGCACAGGGGACGAGCACAGCCGAGGAAACUGGGGUCACUUGGACCAGGUGGCCGCACUGCACUGGGUCCAGGAGAACAUUGCCCACUUUGGAGGGGACCCAGGCUCUGUGACCAUUUUUGGAGAGUCAGCGGGAGGUGAAAGUGUCUCUGUUCUUGUGUUGUCUCCACUGGCCAAGAACCUCUUCCACCGGGCCAUCUCUGAGAGUGGCGUGGCCCUCAGUGCUGCCCUGGUCAAGAAGGACUCAAAGGCCACAGCUCAGCAAAUUGCUGUCUUUGCUGGGUGUAACACCACCACCUCGGCUGUCCUUGUUCACUGCCUGCGCCAGAAGACAGAGGAGGAGCUCCUGGAGACCACGCGGAAGAUGAAAUUUCUCACUCUUGAUUUCCUUGGAGACCCCAGAGAGAGUCAUCCCUUUCUGCCCACUGUGGUUGAUGGAGUGGUGCUGCCAAAGAUGCCUGAGGAGAUUCUGGCUGAAAAGACAUUCAACACUGUUCCCUACAUUGUCGGAAUCAACAAGCAGGAGUUUGGCUGGGUUCUUCCAACGAUAAUGGGCUUCCCACUCUCUGAAGGCAAGCUGGACCAGAAGACGGCCACGUCACUCUUGUGGAAAUCCUACCCCAUCAUUAACAUCCCUGAGGAACUGACUCCAGUGGCCACUGAGAAGUAUUUAGGAGGGACCGAUGACCCUGUCAAAAAGAAAGACCUGUUCCUGGAUUUGAUAGGAGAUGUGAUGUUUUGUGUCCCAUCUGUGACUCUGGCCCGUCUCCACAGAGAUGCUGGAGCCUCCACCUACAUGUAUGAGUUUCAGUAUCGGCCAAGAUUCUUAUCAGACCUGAAACCCAAGACUGUGAUAGGGGACCAUGGAGAUGAGCUCUUCUUGGUCUUCGGGGCCCCACUUCUACAAGAGGAUGCCUCAGAAGAGGAGAUCAAACUCAGCAAGAUGCUGAUGAAAUUCUGGGCCAACUUUGCUCGCAACGGGAACCCCAAUGGGGAGGGGCUGCCCCAUUGGCCGGCAUAUGACCAGAAGGAAGGCUACCUGCAGAUUGGCAUCACCACCCAGGCAUCCCAGAAGCUGAAAGACCAGGAAGUGGCUUUCUGGACUGAGCUCCUGGCCAAGGAGACAGCAGAGAAGCGACAUCAGAGAGAACAUAUUGAACUUUGAGUGGGUGACCCAGCCACACUCAGGGGCCUAGGGGAGCCAGGAUGGGGUAUUCUACAAAAACUGUUUAUGGGUCAAAAAGGCAACUUAUUGUGGUAGCUGGGAAAUUAUCUAGUGGGAGUGGGCAGAGGCCAGGGAGGGUGAAUUUCUGUAUCUGUGGCCUCAGUUUUGGGAAUAAAUAUUCUGUUGGAGACAAA